CUCAAGGCUGAAGACACUUGGAAACAGACUGUCUUGCACCUUGCAGCCAAGGAGGGAAAUGUCGACAUUGUUGAGAAGCUUGUGAAGCUCGGGAGCGACUUGGAGCAUAGGAACUUCGUCGGCAGGACUCCUCUCCUCCUAGCUACGAUAUCCGGGCACGUUGGAGUGGUUGAGAUUCUUGCGAAGCUAGGGGCUGAUGUGAACACGACGGAUGCGAGCAUAUGGUACAAGAACUCGCGGAGGAGCCCGCUGCACUGGGCAUGCCAUAGAGGAUUGCAGGAGAUUGCAGCCAAGCUCUGUGACCUAGGAGCCAACAUCGAAGCCAAGGACGGGUUGGGGAGGACACCCAUCUUCUGGGCUGUGAGGAAGGGAAACCUCGAAUGUCUUCAGGUGCUGUUGAGCAGAGGAGCAGACUUCACCAAGGUGGACGACAAGGGGAUGGGGUUGAGAGAUUUAGCA